AUGGAAGAUGUCUUUUGCAAGCAGAGUCUGGCCGACGACGGCGGGCCGCCCCGGGGGGUCAGCAGGAGUAGCACAAGCAGCAGCACUCUCCUCCAGUCUCUCCAGCCAUUCUCUGAACCCAACUACCGCAAUAUCAUCUCCCCCCGCUUUCGUCGACAAGGCCCCGACAAGGACAGCGACAAGACCGCCGUCAUCACUCCCCGUGUUCCAAGGAACAGGGUGGACCUCGGGCCGGACUACUGGGUGCAGAACUUUGUCUCGCCCGUUCUCUUCGCCGACGCCGUGGCAGCCCUGCUGCAGCUGCAGCACGAUCAUCCAUCCUCCCAGUCUCGACGCCGCCGACGUACUCCUCGCCCCGGCGACUCCUCCGCCUUCGACUUGCUGUUAGAGGUGGGCCCGCACUCGGCGCUCAAGGGUCCCCUGCGCCAGAUCCUGCAACACCACGGCAUCUCCACGGUCGCCUACACCUCCUUCCUCUACCGCGGAGAGGACGCGGCCGAGUCGGCAGUUCGCGCGGCCUCGGAGCUGUAUAUGCACGGGGUGCCGGUCUGCGUCAGCGCCGUCAGCCGGUCACCACUGGAUACUUCUAGUAUCAAGCCGCUCGUUGAUCUGCCCUCGUAUCCGUGGGAUCAUUCCCUGAGCUACUGGGCCGAGUCGCGUGUCAGCCGGAACCACCGCCUACGCACCUUCGGCCGCCGCGAUCUCCUCGGCACGCCAGCCGCAGACGCCAGUGCGAAGCAGCCUCGGUGGCGCAACAGUCUCCGCGUCCAGGAGCAGCCCUGGCUCCGACAUCACGUCGUGCAGUCUAGCACGCUCUUCCCCGGCGCCGGCAGUCUGACCAUGGUGCCGGAGGCCGUUCGGCAGCUCGCCUUGCAGUACGGGGAUCAGAACGGGGACCGCCCAAUCCUGGCAAUCGAAAGCAUCAAACUGCAGCAUGUGCGCAUCGCCAAAGCCAUCGUGGUUCCAGACGACCCGGCGGGCAUCGAGGUGGUGCUGCAGCUGCAGUACGACGACGACAUAAGCGACGACCGCGAGAAAGCCUGGGACUUCGCCAUCCAGGUCUGCUCGGACGGCCGCUCCCUGGACCCGGCCAGUUCCAGGCGCGUCACGCAGAGGGCGAGGGCAGAGUACACGGCAGCCAUCGACAGCUGUACGCACACCAUCGACCCGGCUGUCUUUUACCGGGCCACCCGUGAUGCCGGUCUUCAGUACGGCCCCCUCUUCCAGGGCCUGGCCGAGAUCGCCGCCGGGCCCCAUCGCUGCGCAGCCACGGUGACGGUCGCCGACACCAGGGAAUCCAUGCCGGCCGGCGCCCAGAGCACGCACCUCAUCCACCCGGCCACCCUCGACGCCAUCUUCCACUCCAUGUUUGCCGCCCUGAUGGUGACAGACGGCAAACAGGAAGGGGGUGAUGACCAGCUUGACUUGCGACGCGCGGCUGUUCCUAUUGCGUUCGACAGCUUGAUCUUCUACCCGAGCAUACCCAACACACCCGGCGACCAGCUGCGCAGCUGCUGCCUCGUCGAGCGUCGCGGAGUGCAGGAUCUCGUGGCCGACAACUAUGUCUCGUCCGACAUGGCAUUCGACGAGCCCAACAUCAUCGUCCAGGCGCCUGUGGGAACGCUGGUCUGGAAACCCGAUAUCGCUUUGCUUGACAACGCAAAGCUAGAGAGCUACUUCUUUAAAAAGAGCGGCGCCAUGAUAGCGAGCAUCGUUGAUCUGGCUGCCCACAAGAACCCGGACUUCUUGGCCGUCCUCGAGAUUGGGCCCUCCGACCUUGUCGUCGACUCGCUGCUGCCCACUUUGCACUCCGAGUCCACGCAGGAUGAGGGCGUGGGUGAUGAUAAAAAGAACAUGCGCUGCUCGCAGUAUACCGUCCUGGUUCCGGAGGCAGAGACCAUGUCUGCCCUGCAGGAAAGGUUGUCGUCGCUGAGGUCCGACGCCGCGCUGUCAGCCGAAGUCCUCACACCGGAUGUCUUGGCAGAGGCGGAAGGUCGUAACAGCCAGACAAUCGUGCUGAUCCAACCUGCUGAGCCCGACACCGAACUGAAGGAACUCUCCAACCAACUAUUGUCGCAGCUGGCGUCAAGGGGCAUGCCCACCGAGCCGGUGCGGUGGUCAGCAGAACUUAAACUAGACCGUCUGCGGGGGAAGAUGCUCGUUUUCCUCUUGGAAACACAGUCCGCAUUCCUACAAGACAUAUCGCCCCAAGACUUCGCCGCCCUCAAGACGUUGCUCCUCAACAGCGCGUGA